AUGUUUAAAAUGAAAUUACAAUCAGGUACUCCAAAGAGGAAACCACCACCUCCAGUGAGUCCACCUCAAGAAUUAAAUUCUCAUACUGGAUUACCUAGAAGAUCAACUGAAAAUGGAACUUUACAUGCUGCUCAAUUGGCAGUUUCUCAAGUUUCCCCGAAAGGAUAUUCAAAUAAUAGACGAUCAAGUUUUACAAAAGAAGAUGGAAGCAAAAUUGAUCCAAAUAAAAUGAGAAAAGCUGCCCAUACUUAUAAUCACAGUCAUAGUCAUAAUGGUAACAACGGCAACAGUAACAGUAAUAGUAAUGGUAAUAAAAGUGGAUCUGGGGUAACUGCAUUAAAUUCUAAAUUUUUAGCUAGAAGUACUAGGAAAAAAUGA